AUGUACAAACAUUCCCUUAGACAAUCCGCAUACAGAUUUAGCAACAACAUCAACCGUUUCAGAUUACUCCACACAACCGUGGUUCGUUCUACGAAAGGGGACUCAUCAUCGAUUGAUUCUUUUAGACUUCCAUCCCAAACGUCAAUCAACGAAUGGGAGUUCAAGUAUGACUUCAUCCCUAAGGAGGCUACCCCCAAAGCACCUCCAUUAACUGCUGAUGCCGUUAAUCAAGACAUUGCUCAUGAGAAGUUAAAGUCAUUUGAACGUGAAAUGUUCUCCAAGGAACAAAGUUCUUCCAUUAAAGUUGAGGCCAAUUCUGCCAAUGUUGUCCAUGCUGGUGUGUCAGUGGAUGACGCUGUUGAAUUGAUUGAAGAUCGUGGCAGUAAACCGGUCGAUGCUCGUUAUCCCCCAGGUUUCGCAAGGGGCAAAGGAAAAUCUGUCAAUCAUGACAAAUACGUUUAUUCCUCUAUAAAUCCUGAAAUCAACAAUAGUGACAUUCUGGUUUUGAACGAAGGAGAAGUUGAAGUCGCUGUCCCUUAG